AUGUCUGCACCAACGAAGCGUCUUUAUCUUGGGAGAUUAAACCCAGACUGUCAAAAAGAGGAUCUUGAAGAUUUAUUCAAGCCACGUCCACUUGUCGAUAUCCGUAUCAUCUCCCACAAGGGAUUUGGUUUCGUUGAAUUUGAAAGUUCAAGAGAUGCAGAAGAUGUACUCGAUAACUUCAGAGGACGUGAUUUCAUGGGUGAACAGUUGACAAUCGACUACGCCAAAGAACAAAAGCGUGACCGUGACGACCGUUACGGACCACCACCAAGGGAUUAUCGCGACCGCGGCGACCGUUAUGACAGGUACGACCGCUACGAUCGCUAUGAUCGCUAUGAUAGAUACGAUAGAUACUACGACAGAUAUGACCGUGGUGGACGAGACUACGACAGAUAUGAUAGAUACGACCGCGGUGACAGGUACGGUGAUCGCUAUGAUCGUUACAGAGACGAUUAUGGUCCACCACCACGUGAAAAACGCGGUCCAAAACCAAACCAAGGCUACAAGGUCUUCGUUCAAGGUAUCGAUAGGGAUACAAGCUGGCAGGAUCUUAAAGACUUUGGUCGUGACGGUGGUCCAGUUAUUCGUGCAGAUGUUGACCGUGAUGUUCCAGGCCAAGGCAUUAUUGAGUACCCAUCCAAGUUUGACGCUGAUGAUGCAGUUGUUAGACUCGACAACAAGGAACUCAAGGGUAUCCCUGUCCAAGUCGUAGCCGAUACUGCUGAGCCUUCUGCAGGUGGCGGUGGUUACGGUGGACGUGGCAGAUCACGCUCACCUCCAAGAAGAUCAUCACGCUACGAUGACUACGAUUCAAGACCACCACCACCAAGACGUGAUGAUUUCGACCGUGGAUACGAUCGCUACGAGCGUGAGAGAUCACCACCACCACCAGCACCAGCCGACGAUGACAGAUACUAA